AUGAUCAAGUGCAUCACCGGCUGCAAUCCGUGGAGCUACAAGGACUACGGUUGCUACUGCGGCUUUCAGGGGGAUGGCUACCCGGUGGAUGGCAUUGACAGAUGCUGCUACAUGCACGACAACUGCUACUCGGCGGUGGACUGCCACCAGGCGAUGGUCUACUUCAAGCCGUACAAGUGGGGCUGCAUGAGCUACGGACGUGCCAAAUGCGCAACGGUCAGCGGUUCCCUGUGCGGCAUUCAACUGUGUGAAUGUGACCGCAAAUUCGCCAAAUGCCUCAGUCGAUUUCGGUGUCCGAAGAGCAAGGCCAGCUGUGACAUCACCAAGAACAUCAACUUCGUCAUCGGCAAGUGA